AUGUCGUUUCUAAAACUUUUAUUCAAGAACAAUGAUCUUGGUGAGGAAAUCCCGGGGACUAUUCACUUGAUUGAUGUAGAUCAAGUUCCUGGUAUUUCUAAAGUUGAUUCAGCAAAAGGGAACCAGAACAUCAUGUUGCACCCUCGGCCAAGUUCCAAUCCAAAUGACCCUUUAAGAUGGCUGCAUAGAAAGAAAAAACUGCAACUAUUCCUUCUUACGUUUUGGGCUUUUAUUCAAAAUAUAUCGUCGGUUUGGACAGGCCCGGUAUAUGAUACGUGGGUGGAUGAGUUUAAUUGCACUUAUAACCAAUUGAAUAUUGCAUCGGGGCUUGUAUUUGUUGCUAUUGCGGUGGGAUGUACUACUCUACAGCCAAUUGCGCUAAAGUAUGGUAAACGGAUUGUUUACAUUGGAUGCACUAUACUUCAAAUUAUUGGAAAUAUAGUUUAUUCUCAGGCACAUAAUGUGGAAACUACAUACAUUGCUUCAGCCCUAGUUGGUUUUGCUGCAGCACCGAUAUACUCUUUAGUUGAAAUAUCGAGUACAGACAUCUUUUUUCAACAUGAAAGAGCCGAAAACAUCUCGUGGCUAGUGCUUGCUCUUCAAUCCGGUUGUGCUUUAGGCCCGUUAGCCGCUGGAUUUAUUACUGAAAGUCUUAAUUGGAGAUGGUGCUGUUAUAUUAUGGUGAUAAUAUUUAGUGUUUUGCUUAUCAUUCAAAUAUUUACAAUGGAAGACAGCACUUUUCAAAGAGAAGAAUCGCCAGAGGAAUUAGAAGAAAACAUUGUAAUGCAAAUAAGGAGUCAUGAAACUUUCGCGAAUAGUAUGCAACGUCAACCAUCGAGUCAAAAUAAGAAAAGAGAUAAUCACACAGUGCAUAUUGAACCCGAUAUCCAGUAUGUAGAUCCUUCAAUACCUAAGAGAACAUAUUUACAGAGGCUUCGUUUAAUUGAGAAUGAAUUUAACGAUCCUACUUCUAUUAUUGUGAUAUUUCUUAAACCUUUUUACCUUGUCUCAUUUCCUAUAGUUGUUUGGUGUGGUAUUUUACAAGGAAUACAGCAAAUGUGGCUAACGUUGAUGACAUGCACCCAAUCUGAAUUUUAUUCUAGUGCCCCGUAUAAUUUCAGCUCUUCCAUGGUUGGGUUAAGUAACUUGGGUCAACUUGUUGGUAUCGUCGCUGGUAUGGCAUAUGGUGGGAAAUUUGUUGAUUGGUUAACUAUUCAAUUGGCUAAGCGAAACAACGGUAUCAUGGAACCAGAAUUUCGCCUCUAUUCUAUGGCUUUUCCAACUCUCAUUAAUGCUACUGGCAUACUAACGUAUUGUCUAGGGCCAGCGUAUAAAGCACAUUGGUUUUUGUCCGUUGGAGUUGGGCAAUGCUGUUUAGGAUUCGCGAUGGCUUCAGUCACUUCUAUUUGCUACACAUAUUGCUCAGACAGUUACCCAAAGUUGGCUAGCGAAGGUAUUGUGUUCAUAUCCUUUCUUAAUAAUGCGUUGGCGACCGUUUUCACAUUUACAAUUCAGUCUUGGAUAGAUAAGGAUGGCCUUAAGCUCAUGGCAUGGUUAAUGUUUAUGCUCAGUCUUGUUCUAAAUGGUAGCUUUAUUGUAUGGGUAUUUUACGGUAAACGGGUUAGAAGAUGGACUAAAAAUAAAUAUUACCAAUUUUGUGAUGAUGCUGGUAAUCAUCCCUAA